GCUUUGCCAGCACCAUGUGCUGCGGGGAGAUAGAGCAGCUGACUGAUCUCGGCCUGGGAUACGGGAUCGACUUCGCUGAUCGAUGCGCUGAUUCGGGUUUCAGGCGCCCGGUGAUCUGCAAGACUGGUCCCAUGAAAGAGAACGACGAACAUGGCGAGGAGCACCAUAGAUGUAAUCGUACAGCGAUGCAGUCGCAGUGCAACGCAUCCAUCGACAAUCUCGUCAGCAUCCUCCCGUCAAUGCAUGUGUCUGGGUCCGACGAUGCACGGGCCAACGACGCGAACAUCUCGUCGUGGAACCUCUCUGCCAGUGAGAUGGAGUCGAUUUGCAUGGCUGCCUGGGAUGUGGAGAUGUGCUUGUUCAACCAGACCUGUUGCCACGAAGCGGAGACUCUCCUUCCUGCGCAGCUCCUCGAGCUCCACCCCCACGAGAUCUGCGAUGCAGCGGGACGGAACUACACAUCGGUCUGUGAUCAGGCAGGCCGCUGA